GUAAAAAACCUAAAUGCCCUUCACCAAAUAGCGUGUGCUCGGUGGGAUCUGUCGUUGUUGUUCUGCUCUGCAAUUGCAAAACGCUUUGAUUCAGCCACCAUCACCAUUGUCGCCGCCCAUGGGUCUCUCGAAGGAACAACUUCUAACGCAGUUACAGGAGCUUCAAAUUGAAUUUUCCAAGUAUGAGCAUCCACUUGUUUUGACUGUUGAAGCCCAGGCAAAAUAUGUUGGAAAUUUGGGGGGUGGCUUGAGUAAAAAUUUAUUUUUGAAGGACAAGAAAAGCAGGUUUUAUGUCGUUUCCGCCUUAGCUGACACCAGGGUAGAUCUCAAAGUGUUAUCUCAGCGGCUUGGUUUGGGAAAAGGUGGUUUGAGAAUGGCACCCGAAGAGGCUUUAGGUGAAAUACUUCAGGUACCCUUGGGUUGCGUCACUCCAUUUGCACUUGUAAAUGAAUCUGCACGAGAUGUUUCACUGUUAUUGGAUCAAGGAUUCAAGACACAUGAGCAUUGCUUCUUCCAUCCACUGUCGAAUGACAUGUCCAUAUCUCUAAAUGCACGUGAUCUUGACAGAUUUCUUAAAUCAAUAGGAAGAGAUCCCUCAUAUGUUGAUUUAGAGGCCACUCCUACAGUGGGGAAAGAUCAACCCCCGGAUCUAGCUGCACUAGUUCCAUCCGGUUCAAUAGCUUUGCCUGAUCAAGCAGAAAAACAAUCAUCUUCAGAAGUUCCCAAGGAAGGAAACACUGUUUCUGUCAGCAAUAAACCCAAGACAGUUUCCGCCAAAGUUGUUAAUCCAUGCAUUGUUGGGAACAAUACUAAAGGAACACCAGUCAAGAACGUUUGUUCAUCAGGCUCCUUCGCAGAUGUUGGGAAAUUCGUUGAAGAGAUAUUACAGAAGACAUCAGAAUUAUUGCUUUCAGAGAUCAAGGAAGAAACUAUAGGUCUACACGGAGAGCAGCUGAGUGCUGUGGUAUGCGACAAAUUACAGAAAAACCUCAACUCAGAUCUUAAAAAUCUUGCUAUGAUAUUUAAGAACACUGCAUACACAGAAGGGUUCCAUGCUGGUACACAGCAUCAGCCCACGCGCUGGUGAAGUUCAAAGAUUAGAUGAUUCAGUAUUUGCUGGCAGAAGAGUAAAGAGGGACCAAAAUAUUAACUGUAUUUGUUAAAUCUUUCGUUCAUGCCAACACCAUGCAUUGUUUUUCAGACAGGGGAAUGUUUGGUACCGAGUAGAUUUGAUUAAUGAAAAAAAGUCACAAUUUUAAAUAGAGUGGUGAAUUGUAAUUUAGUUGUCAAAAACUCAAAAUAUCAGUAAAUUCUAACUUUGGUUAUAAAUUUACAUUUCACGAGUA